AUGGAGAAGUAUUCUAUUUUGCUCUCGAACGGACGGUGCAUGCCCGCGGUAGGCUUUGGAACGUGGCAGGCAACUGACGAAGGCGAGUUGGAGAACGCUUUGAAUACUGCUCUAGAAGCAGGAUAUAGACACAUAGACGCAGCACCUGUAUAUGACAAUGAAAAAAUAAUUGGCAGAGUUCUUAAGAAAUGGAUUGAUUCUGGGAAGAUUAAACGAUCCGAACUUUUUAUCGUCACUAAGCUUCCUCCUAGCGGGAACAGGCCUGAACACGUUGAGAAAUGGAUACAGAAGUCUUUGGAAGACCUUGAGUUAGAGUAUUUAGAUCUUUAUUUAAUUCACACUCCAUUCGGCUUUGAGGACGCCGGAGAAGACUUGCAUCCGCAAGAUGAAAAUGGAAAUAUCAAACUGGAUAAGAGUACUGAUCACGUAAAAGUUUGGGUUGAGAUGGAGAAACAAGUGGAAUGUGGCCGAGCUAGAGCAAUUGGUUUAUCGAAUUUUAAUUCACGCCAAAUUCAGCGAAUUUUAGACAAUGCCAAGAAUAAAGUUUCCAUGUUACAAAUUGAGUUACAUGUCUACUUUCAACAAAAGGAAUUAGUACAGUAUUGCAAGGAACGAGAUAUUCCUAUAACGGCUUAUUCGCCACUUGGUUCACGUGGACUUGUGAGAAUGUUGAAGAAAACCGAAGAGGUACCGGAUAUGCUACAGAAUAAUGUAGUAUUGGAAAUAGCAAAAAAAUAUAAGAAAUCGGCUGCGCAAGUUUUGCUCCGAUACAUUUUGCAAAAUGGAAUUGCAGUUAUACCAAAAAGCACCAACACCCAGAGAAUUAAAGAAAAUAUACAAUUGUUCGAUUGGAAUCUUAAACCAGAAGAUGUAGAGACAUUGAAAAAACUCGAUAAAGGAGAAUCGGCAAGGGUUUGUGAUUUUAGUUUCGUGAAAGGGAUUCGACGUCAUCCUGAGUUUCCUUUUUAAAUAUUUUAUUGUCCCCGGUAUACUUAAAUUUCGUACAUGACUCUAACUAUAUUGCCACUAAACACAUUGCCA